AUGACGGAUUAUUCAAUCGAUCGCCAUGUUGAUUCAGAUACUCGUUUUACCAGGGGUAUGUGGGAAAUAAAACAAGGAGUUAACAUUAAUUGGGCUUCGGAAGGAGUCAAGACUGAAGUCAGAGAACAAUCUACCAUUUAUUCUGUAGCAUCUACAAGGGUUAUUAGACAUCGUGGUGAUUAUCUCAAUGUUCCUACUAUUAGUACGAAACUAUCUUCACCCAGGGAUGGUAUAAUUGGGGUUGAAUCAUAUCACCACCUUUCUCCUUAUUUAAAUUCUAAGGAGCCAAGGUUUGAUACAACAAGGGAAACAACACAGUGUUCUGCAAAAGUUUCAGAUGAAGGAGCGACUGUCUCAGCUGAAGGUGGUAUAUCUGCAAGGCUUCAAAACAAGCCUUACAAUAUCGACUUCAUUGGAGAGGAUUCACAGCUAUUAACUAGACUUGGAUUUAGAUCCCUUGGACACGUUCUGGAUUCAAGAUAUCCCAGGAAGGAGUUGAGCUCAAACAGAGCAUCACCAUAUAUGACAGCUCAACUUCAUCUUUCUGUUGGAGAAAAAAUUUUUGGUUUAGGAGAAAGAUUUGGUCCUUUUGUUAAGAACGGUCAAAGAGUUGAAAUCUGGAACGAGGACGGAGGAACUUCGUCUGAAUGGACAUAUAAGAACAUCCCGUUCUAUUUGUCAAACCGUGGAUACGGGGUUUUUGUUGAUUCAACAUCCAAUAUCGUGUUUGAGCUCCAAUCGGAACGUACUACUAGGGUUAAUAUUACUGUUCCAGGAGAAGGUAUACGGUUUUAUAUAAUUUACGGUCCUGAUCCCAAGAGUAUCUUGCAAAGAUAUGCUCAACUCACUGGAUUACCUGCUCUUCCUCCAGCCUGGACAUUUGGUCUUUGGCUCACUACUUCAUUUACAACAAAUUAUGAUAUUAAAACAGUUAGUUCCUUUAUAAAAGGAAUGCAUGAUAGAGGGAUUCCUUUGCGUACUUUCCAUUUUGAUUGUUUCUGGAUGAAAGGCUUUCAAUGGUGCGAUUUUGAGUUUGAUCCAGAGUUUUUUCCAGAUGCUAAAGCCAUGCUUAAAAGAUUAAAAGACGAAUUUGAUAUUAAAAUUUGUGUUUGGAUUAACCCCUAUAUUGCACAAGAAUCAGCAUUAUUUAAAGAAUCAGAUAAAAAUGGAUAUUUGAUUAAGAAUAAAAAUGGCGACGCAUACCAAACAGAUCGUUGGCAAGCAGGUAUGGGUAUUGUUGAUUUCAGUAAUCCUGAUGCAUAUAAAUGGUUUCAAAAUAAGCUUUCAGCCUUAGUAGAUAUGGGUGUUGAUAGUUUUAAAACAGACUUCGGAGAAAGAAUUCCAUGCAAAGACGUGGAAUUUAAUAGCGGGCAAGAUCUGGUUUCAAUGCACAAUUACUACACUCUUUUGUACAAUAAAUCUGUUUUUGAAGUACUUGAAAAAAAGAUGGGAAAACAUGAAGCUUGUCUUUUUGCUCGUAGUGCUACGACGGGAGGUCAGAAAUAUCCUGUUCAUUGGGGUGGUGAUUGCGAAUCAACUUUCGAAGCUAUGUCUGAAUCCUUGAGAGGUGGCUUAAGCUUGGGACUUAGUGGUUUCGGAUUUUGGAGUCAUGAUAUUGGUGGAUUUGAAGGCUCACCUGAUCCAUCGAUCUAUAAACGUUGGUGUGCUUUCGGUCUUUUAAGCUCCCAUUCUCGUCUUCACGGAAGUGAGUCCUACAGAGUACCUUGGAAUUUCGAUGAUGAAGCUAGUGUUGUCUUGGCUAAGUUUACAAAGCUCAAGAUCUCGCUUAUGUCUUACAUCUAUAGUGCUGCAAUUGAUGCUCAUGAAAAUGCAGUUCCUGUGAUGCGUGCCAUGUUAUUAGAGUUUCCUGAUGAUAUUACAGCUGUUACAGCAGAUACUCAGUAUAUGUUAGGUGAUAGCUUGCUUGUUGCUCCAGUAUUUUGUGCUGAAGGAGAUGUGAAGUAUUAUGUUCCAAGAGGAUCGUGGUAUGGAUGGUUAGAUGGAAAAACUAGAACAUCUGUGGAUGGUAAAUGGGUCACGGAAAAGCAUGAUUAUAAGUCUCUUCCAUUAUUAGUUCGUCCAAAUUCUAUUAUAAUUUCUUCUGGUCCAGAGCACUGUAACGAGAAGCCUGAUUAUGCUUGGAAUGACAAUUUUAUGGUUAAUAUCUAUGAUAUCCAGGGAAACAUCUCAACAAAAAUUCCUAACCACAGUAAAGCCGGUGAAUAUAAUGCAACAGUGACUGUUGAAGCAAAAGAAAAUACUUUACAUGUUUCUGUUGAGGGCACCUUUAAAAAACCUUACACGAUUAGAAUUCUCAAUUCAGAAUAUCAGACCAUUAAGCCUGAUAAGAAUUCUACAAUUAUUGGGGUUGAUGAACAUGGAAAUAAAUUGAUAAACGCCGCAUCUGGUAAUGUAACUCUUGAGAUUGUUUAG